AUGUCCACGGCGGGGUCCCAAGCGGGCCUGGAGACGUUCGACGCCCUCAACAUCGACUAUGAAAAGGCCUACCACGACAACCCCUUCAAAGUGGCCUGCGUCAAGGCGGCCAUAUCGAUGCUGCCGCCCGGAUCGCGGGUCCUAGACGUAGGCUGCGGCACAGGCAUGCCCGUCUCGGAACUUUUAUCGGCUGCCGGCCUCGAGGUGUUUGGCUUCGACAUCUCGCCCAAGAUGGUCCACUACGCGCAGUCGCGCGUCAAGGGCACCUUCGUCGUGUCCGACAUGCUCGAGUAUCAGCCCGUGGGUGUCUUGGCGGGCGUGUUCAUCAUCUUCGCGCACCUCCAGCUCUCGUAUGCCGAUUUCCACGCCGCGGCGUACAAGUUCGCCCAGGCGCUGCAGCCGGGCGGGAUCCUCGUGCUGGGACAGAUGCCCGCGGACAAGUACGUGCGGGCGGAGUCGGACUGGGGGGAUGCCACCAAGACGUAUGUCGAGGACUAUGACGCGCCGUUUAUGGGGGAAAUGUUGCCGACGCUGGCGCUGAGUGCGGAGGGCCAGCUUGAAUUUUUGAGAUCGAUGGGGUUGGAGAUCGUUAGUGACAAGAUCGAUACGUUCCAGCCGAAUAAUCCGAAGUGUUUGCCGGAAGAGCAGCAGUAUAUCAUUGCGCGGAGGCCCGACGGGAGGCCUUUAUCGCCGCCGAAGCCGCUUCCUAAGACAACGAGCUAG